AUGGCGACGCUCGAGGGGGCGAAGCGGGCGCACGGGACGCGCGUCCCGACGGCGGAGGCGUACGAGCCGCACCUGAGCCUGGCGUACGGAGUGGACGAUGCGAUGGCGAGAGAGUGGAUCAGAGAGGAGGCGGACGCGUACUUUAGGGAAGAGGGGCUGUCGAGAGGGAUAGUUGUGAGCGCGAUCAGUCUGUGGGAGACGGACGUGGAGGACGACUCGUGCGCGUCGUGGAGGCGAGUGGCGACGCGCGAGCUGCGGGACGCGAAAGUUUAG